AUGAAAAAGGCUGGGCCUAAGCCUAUUCUGAUGGUCCGUAAGGACAAGUGCAAAGGAAAGGCUAAGGCUAAGGUAAAGGCUAAGGACAUUGGCAAGGCCAAGCCCAACAAAGGAAAAGCUGUAUUGAAACCUAAAGGAAGAACUGCUAAGGGAGGAAAAUGUUUCCAUUGUGAUAUAUUGUAUGCUUUAAGCAUGAUAAGUUGGUACCAAGUAGAUCCCGAUGAAGGUCAUUGGGUCGCAGUUAAAAAUAUCCUUAAGUACUUGAGAAGGACUAAGGAUACAAUCCUUAUAUAUAGAGGUGAGAAAGAGCUGAGUGUAAAAAGUUACACUGAUGCUAGUUUCCAAACCUACAAGGAUGACUCACAAACACAAUCAGAUUUUGUGUUUUUCCUUAAUGGUGGUGCAGUGAGUUGGAAAAGGUCAAAGCAAGAUACAAUAGUUUAUUCUACAACUAAAGCCGAGUACAUUGCAACUAGUGACAUUGCAAAAGAGUCUUUUAGGAUCAAAAAGUUCAUAUAUGAACUAGAGGUUGUGCCUAGCAUAUCAAAUGCUAUAGAACUUUUUUGUAACAACAACGGAGUUAUUGCACAUGCAAAAGAACCCAAAUCUCACUAG